AUGAACGUCUGCAUAGCGGUCAUAUCAAGCCGGAACAGCCCUCUCUACCUGAAAGCUACGAAGUCGGCAGACUUACUGAGUUAUCAUUUUCGGGUGUACGGAGCAUUAGAUGUAAUCGACGAAAAGGCUGGGAUGUUUUCCACCAAGUCAGCUUUUCCUGACAAGGACAGUUCGAAUCGAUACCUCGGUUUACUUUACCCCAUAGACGAUCAUUACGUUUACGGAUACAUAACUAACACGAACGUUAAGGUAACCUGUCUAACCAGAGGUUUUGGAGAUAUUUCAUGCUACACAAAUGGAGAUUUGUAUGACUGGUUCUUAAAAACCAGUUACGUCACUAGUUUUUAAUUAAAAACUUUUUAAAAACUGCAGAUUUGCAGUACUGCAAAGUUGCAGUGACUUGUUCGGGUUACCUGACAAACAUCUGCUCCGACAGUACGCUAGCGCAUUCUGUGAUGGCACCACAGCCGCCCAGGGCUAGCCUCUACGGUUCGUCUACGGCGAGUUUUGUGGUCAGCCAAGUCAUGCCAUUAGUCACUGCGUUCGCAAUCCGCCCAGCAAUCCCUUCGCGUGAUUGGGGCACGCUGUGCCUACUCAAUCAGAUCACUUGUCACAGGCAAACCCGUAAACUCGAGCUGCUUGUAAAAAUCUAGACAGAAGCUAGUACAAUGCUAUCAGGGUACUGGCAUCGUGCAGCAUAUAUGCACCGGCAAUUAACACUAUGUUAGCGCAGAAGUGGCAUGUGAUGCUAAUAGGGCGCAGGGCAUGGUUUGUGUCAGAUUCGCAUGGUGCUCGGGCAUACUGCGUACGAGUGCUUGGGAAGGUAGCUGAUAUUUAACUGCAGAUCAGUAAAAUCAGUCGCCCUACCGCUUGAUUCCAGUACACACCCGCUGCUACAGUCUUCUCAAACGCACCAGUCCCCAAUGCUGUCUGCGACGACGACAGAGGGCACCAUCGGACCGCUGACGCUGCUAUGUUUGUACGAAAUGGCAGUCGCCACGCUACGUCAUCAGGCUUGUAUAUGGGUGCACAAAUUUGGAGAUACAGCCAUUCAUUGGAGUGGUUGAGCUUGCCGAUGACAGCUUAUUUCAAGUCGUUACCGCUGCCGAAUCGGCCGCAGCGGUCACAAGCUGACGGCGCUGGACGGAGAUCUGCGACAGCGGUUGUGUAGUCCAAGACUUCAAAUACCCGAACAGUAUCUGCCAAUUCGAGACUUGCUGAUAAACGAGUGCUGAGUAGCAAACAUACAAGCGAACUCUGUAGGCGGUGGUGUCAAGAUCAGGAAGCGUUGCUAUGGGCUGCGUUGGCUGAAUAAGACGUGAAUCAAUCAGCCCCCCCUCUCCCACCCCAAGGGAGUGGUAGAAUGUGUGAUUAGCUGCUGCGCAGGCUAAAUGGGGGCGGUGAAAUAACUUGUGAAACGUUUGAGGCACUUUUCAUGCAGUUUAUACGUUUGGUCACUCGCGAGCCCACAUUUAGGGACUGUCUGGCUGCAAGGGGCGGCGGUAUAUGCCACUGAGGGACAUGUAAGGCCAAGUUACGCAAAUGCCCCAGACAAGUGCUUUGCUGCUGUCAUCCUGCGGCGGGAUGCCCCCUGCAGCAGCUAAACCUUGUUUCCCUUUGUUUAAUAUGUUAUUGAUAUUUUGAGUAUAAAAGCUAAUCGCCUUAUCCAUUUACCUUAGUAUUUCCAUUAAGGCGUGAGAGUAUUGUACGAAAAAUACUGCGAAUUUUCAUUUUUCUGACUGUUGUCACUCUGACCACUUCAUUUGACUGCUUGGCUUUAUAAAGGUCCGCCAGGGACGGUUUCGUAUGAUGAAUGAGUUAGAGGCCUCGCCGAGGCAGAGAGAAUGUGAUUUGGGCAGUUACCCAAGCAUGCACAAGUUUACCGUCUGAACACAAAAUGGCGUUCUCUUUCUCCCCUUCUGUGUUGCGUGAUCGGAUAACACUACUGGACAGCUUAUUGCACCUGACAUGGGAGGUUCCGCUGCGUUUUGGCUGCAGACCCACUCCUUCCUGGACCCCUUCACUUAGCCAUCCUCCUGCAAUUCUUCACAUGGUCUACAUGCAACUCACCUAGGGCACUGCGCGAGUUCAUAUCAGAGAAUGUCAUAAGAUAGGUUCAAUACGCUGAGUUACCUACCCUGUGAUUUGUUCCGUAACAAUGGUGGAACGAUCUUUUAAAAUAUCACAACAGGCGCCCGAAGCACGCUUAGCUGAUCUUAAGAUGGGCAGGUACACUUAACAGUCCAAAGAGGACCAACCAUUGCAUAAAGUUCCCGUAGUACCGUUUGUCUAGAAGGCCUUUAAAAAACUGCGAACCCCUUAUACGGCAAGAAGCUCGGGGCCAUUGUAGCUUCGCGACUUGCGACUGAGGAUUCUCGACUUCUGUGUAGAUUCAGCGCAAAAUGUACCAUCGCAGCACAGUAGUCGCCGCUGAUGCUGCAGAUAGCCGACGGUGCCAGUCAGCACUUGCUGGAUACUGGACAUCUUGCUUAUCAUUUCUUGAGCACGCAAUUUGCAUAGGGAUUUGGGAAGCGAGAAAUAAGCUCUACAGUAGACGCGCCAUCUCAAGAGAUGUUAACCGAAAUUCUGGAGUGCGUUGUAGACUCGAAGAGACUACCCAAGUAGGGUUGUGAUAUUUAUUAUCGUGUAGCAUAAUCAAAAGACAUUUCAUUCAAUCGGCAGGGAAGUAGUAUUUCUCCCCCUUAUUUUCAGUGCUCUUAUGAACUUAAAUAUAUUUUAUAGGAGACACGCACAAAAAUAUAUUUCUGUGGUAGAGGGGCGCUCACGAUCGUGCUUACGGAACUCACUCGUUCCGUUGUGCCUUACGGGCCCUCUCUCGAGCCUGCCUUGUCUUUGUCGGUAAUAACAUUCUGCAUAUACUUUUGUGCUCAUUUGGCAGCAGUUUACAUCUUCGAAUUUUAUGCUUAGAGAAAGUGUUUUUCGGUUUUAAGAACCUUGCCGAUUUAAGAAUAAUUUUGAACCCGAACUGUCGUUACACUUUCAUUCAAGGUUUCUAAACUGCCCGGCUUAUAGUUUCCGUGUAAGGAAGACCACACACUUAUACGCCAUUAAGAAGACGUCAUAUCACCUUAUCUACGCAUAUCACUAGUCGCUAUGCGACUGCCCGCGAGAGUUCUAGUCUAAGCCCCAGGGCACCACGGGACAAGCAUGUUCCGUAACCUGAUCGGUGAGCGCCCAUCUACCUUAAUAAAUAUUUCCGAUCACAACCGACAGGACAACGAGCCUGUGACCCAUUGGUAGAGCGUUCGGCUGAAUGACCAAAGAUCGCAGGUUCGAAUCCCACGCGGUUCGCACUUGGGAUUGGACAUGACUGGCUAAUGACGGCUAAUAAGCCAGAAAUGGCCAUUCCGGUCAGCCUUGUCUUUGUCGGUAAUACCAGAAAGCCUUUUCUUUAAACCGAGAAAUACCCUUUCUUCGUGUAUAAAAUCCGAAGAGGACUUGAUUUACUGCCAAACAAGUACAAUAAACAAAAACAUAUUUGACUUUAUAGGGUCAUCUAAAAUCACUAGGAGGAGUUAGCGCCACAUAAGUAGCCAUUUUUUACGGAAUGUAGUUUUCGGAGACGGCUCGAAGGGAGCUCGUUCGAAGGCCGGCAGCCCAAUUACUGAAAUAUUGUGGGAUUAUGCUACAUGAUAACUAACGUUACAACCUUACUUCGGUAAUCUUUCAUAAUCGAAAACAUAUUUCGGAAUUUCGGUUAACAUCUCAUGAGAUAGGACAUCUACUGUAUCCUGUGGGAUAAAAAUGAGAAAUAUCCGGCCUGAUUUCCGUUCAGUGCUUAAAGCAGGAACUCUGCAUCCUGACUUUAAUUGAUGUCCGCCCCGACAUACACCACUUCCCUUCCCGAUAAGUGGUCUCCGCGAGUGAUGCACCUUUAACAGCUUUUAUACACGACAAUAUUUUAAAUCUUGAUUGACAUCCUAACUGGCGCAUCAAAAAUAAGGCGGUCAAAAUACGCGUUCUCAGUAUCUCAGACAGUAAUUUCCUGUCUCCUUUCGUUUACGUGGAUUUCAUCAACUGGACUAUCCGUCGGCUUGGGUGGGGCACAGUAAAGGCCUACAGGAAGGGCUGCACUCCAAAAUGGUUUUACAGUCCCGCCUAAUGUGGGACAGGAUUCUACUUUGCGCUCCUUUUAAAGGUGGACUAUCGGAAUGCAACAACAAUUCCAUGGUUUUUGAAGCUUCUGAUAGACGUACACAUUCUUGAAGCAUCUUAGUUGAAGAUCGCCUGCGAGCCUCUGGUUCUUCGAAAAUUAUAGCUCUGCAUUUUGUGUUGUAAUGAUCCCCGAUUUGUGGUUAACGGGUGGCCACUUCUUCUCCCAGUUUGUUUUAGUACAAGAAGUCCAUUCCACUGCUAUGGACGCCACAGGAUCGAGUACUAGCGUGCAACUGGACUCCAAGGUCCGGAAGACCUUUCAAGCCCUACACGAUGCUUACGUUCGUCUUCUUUCGUCCCCAUUUUAUGUUUCAAACACUCCUAUUAAUCCUUCUGACUCAACAUCUGCAAAGAGAUUUGAGGAGGUGGUUGAUUCACUUCUGGAGUACCCGAAAUGA